AUGCUAACUCGAGGGCACGGCCGCACCUUGCCAGGGCAGGCAUCACUGCAAAAAUAUUUGCUAAGAAAAGUGCGGCUCCACCCCGAGCACACCACAGUGUGCAGUGGGGAAUGCGUGCAGCUACCGGGAGCCGGGCACAUCCAGCUGCUCACUGCACCCAAGGGUGCCAGGCAGGGACGCGUGUCUGGGCAAGGCGAGGGGAGCUGGCAUCCCGCCCUGGGAGCAACCCCGAUGCCAGGGACUGGGGAGCCCCCACCGCAUGGGUGGGCAACCAUGGGCAGAUGGAGGGGUCCCCGCAUCCUGCUGGCCGUACUGCUCCUCCUGUGCCCGCUGCCCGCUCCAGCGUGUCCCCACACCUGCCACUGCUGGGCAGGGGACGUGGACUGCAACCAGCGUGCCCUGCACGAGGUGCCGCGGCUCCUGCCCACCAAUGCCAGCACCCUCUGGCUCGGCUACAACCUCAUCGCCGUGCUCGGGGCCCGUGCUUUCCCUUCCCUGCCGGUGCUGCUGCGGCUCAGCCUGACCCAUAACCGCUUGGAGAAGAUCCACCGGCAGGCGCUGCUGGGACUCGGGGCGCUGCAGGAGCUGGACCUCAGUGACAACUACCUGUCUGUGCUGAGCUCCGAGACCUUCCUGCCCCUCACCAGCUUGUCUAUCCUCAACUUAGGCUACAACAGGCUGGAGCAGCUGGAGGCAGGGGUGCCACCUGCCUUGCCUCAGCUCCAAGCGAUCUUCCUGAAUGGGAACCCCUGGAUGUGCUCCUGCAGCAUCCUGCCCCUCUGGCGCUGGCUGGGACACAACAGGGAGAAAGUGCCAGAGAGGAGUUCUCUCCAGUGCAUGUUCCCAGAAUCACUGAACACGUACCCGAUCAUGGCCUUUGGGAAUGAUUCCUUCCAGCAGUGUCAGACGGUCCCGCUGUCAGUCCAGAACUACGCUGCCUUUCUGCUCAUCGGGCCCUUCUCCUUCCUGGCCAGCAUCUUCUGCUGUACCUUGAUAGGCUCCAUUGUGGUCGUUUACCAGCAUCUACGCAAAGAACCCCAAACCUGGAAGAGACCCCUCAGCAGUGGGUGUCACUGAGUCAGGGCCACCAAGGGCAGAGGGGACCUUUUGCUGAUCCUUUUCCUCUGGCUCACCCCCUCUUGCCCCUUUGCAUGCAUUUCAGCGUGCCCCAUUUACCUCGUGUCUUUCAGUGCUCUCAUCACCCUCCACCCUGCACUCAGUGACUCUCAGCAAUCCUUCACACAUCCCUGCUGUCCCAUGAUUUGGUUUUUGGUGCAUCCACAUGCCAUCUGUUUGGCUUUAUGUGUGCCCCAGAUAUCUCCAUGGGCCUACCUGUGCAUUUGAGGACAUCUUGGGUGCUUUUGGGGCAACCCAGAGCCUCCAUCCAUGUGUCAGAUGGAAGUAGAAUCAUGGAAUCAUGGAACCAUUUGAGUUGGAAGGGUUCUUUAAGGUCAUUUGGUCCAAAUCCCCUGCAAUGAAGAGGGACAGCUACAGCUCCAUCAGGUGGGGCUCCGAGCCCCAUCCAGCCUGACCCUGAAUGUCUGUAGGAAUGGGGCAUCCACCACCUCUGGUGGUGCUUCACUACUCUUAUUGUAAAAAAAACCUUUUUUCUUAUAUGCAAAAGUACAACUGGGGUGAAGGGAGUAACUCUCACAGAGGAGAAACAGUCCCUGUGCACUGCAAGGCAACGGGAGCCACAAUGAGAUGCCUGUGAACAUCAACCUUGCUCCAUUAGCUCCAGUAGCAUAGAAAUUAUUUCCUGCCUGUGCAAGAGCUGUGGAACAAGCUAGGGAUGUGGCCAAUGCAUCCUUUGGCAAGCUUUUGGCAGAAGUUAAAUAAGUCACACAGAGAAUAAACUAAAUGUAACCUCAGCUGUGGCCUGCUCUCAUCUUUAUUGGCAAGACACAGACCAGUCCUGUGUGCAUAUGUGGCUCUUUGGGAAGGUCUGGGCUUCCCAUGAGGAGCUAGGACCUUGCCUGCCAUCCUGCACAGCCACCUGGCUCCCUGCUCCUCCCAAGGGCACAGCCAUCCUCCCUGGGGAUUCAAACCAUUGUGGCCAUUGGCUGGGAACAUAGGGACAAAUGUCAAGCCGUGAAGAAGAAAGGGAGGCAAAGCUGGAAGGGAAUGAUGGCGUGGAUGAUGUCACAAGCUUAUUGGGGGUUGUAUGGCAUCACAAAGAAAAACACUAAGAGGCAAAGGGUGCAUGGGGUUGCUGCUCGGCCCUUCUCUCCACUUGCCUCCAUGUUGGGCAUGAGGAUAAGGUCCUGCAGUGGCUGGUGAGAUGGCUGCUGUCAUCAGCCCAAGAGGGGAAAGAAAAAUAUGUCCCAGCAGCCUCAACCCAGAUUCCAUCAGGAUGGAGGUGGGCGCAAGCCAGCUUGCAUGGUGCUGGUGUUUGGCUUCAGGCUGGGUCUGUCCCCACAAUCUCCAUCCAUUCUGGUAUCCUAGAAUAGGAACGCCUCACUCUUCCCAGCCCUCCCUGCAGCUCCUGGCCCUCUCCCUGCUCCAUCCCUCCCUGUCCCCCCACCUUUUUUGCUG